AUGACUCAAACUUCAAGUCCCACCCAUGGAUCGCUUCAAGCAACACCCAGUUCCAUUCACAUUAGAAAUGAUUCAUCUUUGGUCGAGGCACAAAAAGUAAUUAAAAUUUGUCAAGCCAUUGAACAGGUUAAGCUUACCCCCAAGAAGUUUAUGAUGGCCUUUUUAAAACAUUCAGACGUGCUAGUCAGAAUCAGAAGAAAGUUGUGGGGUGCUCCAACUGGAUGGGACGGAACUCUUGAGGUCAUCAAAGCCGCAAGGGACUUGAUUUGCAAGACUCCUGCGGGUCGUAUGUACUGGAAAUCUUUCAUCCUCAGCGAGGCGCAGCAAUGCAUCGAGAAAGAAGGCUGCUUUAGGGAUGCUAUUGCAACCGGAUUUUACCAUCCCCCUAAGGAUAUUGGACCCGAGUUUUUUGAAGACAGCGCCAAGCAGUCAAGGAGCAAGCUGAUGCGAGAAAGCAUGCCUUUCUUUUACAGUCUACUCAUGUAUAAGCUAACUGGCACCUCAAACAAGACAACCGGCCCAAACUUGCCUAGCGAGGAGGAUGACUGUCUAUCAGAUGCCUCAUCCGACUCCGAAUCAGAGGAAUCAUCCUCCUACUCGCCCGCUAAGAGAAACAAGAGAUGUCAUUCCGUGAGAUUUCUACCUCAUUAA